AUGGCGGAGAUUCCUUUGCAUUGGCCACUGGGAUAUGUGUGUGCUGAGGACUGGAGUAUUAGUAAGGACAGUGGGAGCCGGGAAGACAGCGGUUGCAGCAAAUCUAGCGGCAGCGCGGCGAUCACUCCCUGGAUUCCUGCCAGUCUGAGCCGACGUAAUGGCACGGCAACGGAGCAAGACAGGCUGGAAGCGAUUCGGCGCGGUGUUCGGAGUUCACUUAACAAACUGACCCCGGAAAAUUUCGAAAGAAUUGCUGACGAUCUAACCAAUGUUGCCCUCAAGUCUGAAACUAUCUUGACUUCUGUUAUUGACCUGAUAUUCCGCAAGGCACUAGAAGAGCCGCAGUAUAACUCUCUUUACGCGCAAUUAUGUCGCCGCUUAUCUGAUUUUGCUGUCAAUAAAGAUAUUUUUAAGCGCGUUCUCUUGACGGAAGUGCAGAAUGUUUAUAAUAAGCGAUCUGGCUUGCCAAGCUCAUCUGCCGAGGCCGUUUCCAAUGGAUCGGUGGGAACAAAAGACGAGAAGCGCAGGAAAAAGCAAGAACAUCUCAGUAACAUCAAAUUUAUUGGCGAACUUGGCAAACUUGAUCUGCUACACGGACAAAUCUUGCACCUCUGCAUCCAGGAAUUACUCAACGAGAAAUCCGCCACAUCGAUCGCGGAUAAGGCGGAAGACUUGGAAUGCCUUUGUCAAAUGAUGCGAAUCAUUGGCAGUUCACUGGACUCACGGGCUACCGAUAAGGUUUUAAUGGACGGCUACAUCCAGCAACUGAAAGGGUAUUCCGACACUACCGCUCUGCCCAGCAGAAUCCGCUUUCUCUGCUUGGAUGUGGUGGAGUUGCGGUCUAACAAAUGGAUUCCACGGAGGAUCCAUCAGUCUAAUGCCCCGAAGACUAUGUUUGAGAUUCGGGAGGAAAUACGGGCAGAAAUCGGUGCAGCCAAGGCGGAUGUAAUGGAAGCCACGCGUCUGUCGCCCCAACGGGAAGGGGCUCUCAAUACUCGUCAUGCCAACAGUCCACGAACGACCGCGGAAAAGCAACAGGAUUUACGAAAUGGCAUAAUGUCUUCUGGGCGCAUGCUGAACGGGAAAGGGGAUUACAAUCGCGGUAGCGGGAAUGCAGCGAAGACGGUGACCCCAAUUAAGGAUAAUCGUUCCAAGCCCUUACUCAAUCUUCUGCGUCAGGAUGCUAAUGAGCCAGCCAGGGAGAUCGUUUUGCGCCCGAUUACGUCCUUUGCUCCACAGAGACCUAUUAAACAAGCUGAACCCGUUCGGACGGUGAAAGAGGCGGCGCCAGUCGCGCCUCUGCGUCCUCAGCCAGCUGUCCCCAUCAAGGAAGAAGCACCCAACCGUCAAGAGAAGCCCAAGACCGGCAAGCCAGCGCAGGCCAUGAACAAGAACGAAGCCAUCCAAGCCGUUUCUACCGUUGUGACGGAAUAUUUCGCUCUAGCGAAAGAUCGUCCACACGCUGUUGCCAAUAUGAAAGAAUUCAAUAUUCCGAAAAGGUUGAAACCGGACUUGGUGGGAUUAUUGCUGAAAAUGGGCAUGGAACAAGGGGAAGUUAAUCGGGAAAGCAUAUGUAAUUUGAUUGCCCACUUGGUCUGUGAGUCGUGGGUGACCGAAAGCGAUAUUAUUGAGGGAUACGAACGACUCUUGGAUGCUCUUGAUUCUGGAAGUUGUGAUCCUAAACCAUGUAUGGCGGUUUAUCUGGCUGAUUUUAUUGCUUCGGGGAUUCUCUCGUUUAAAAAUGGCGUCAAUUUAUUUGAAAAUGGCAAGCACUUCCCUGUGGCACUAAUGUGCCUUCAGCAUUUGGAGCAGAAUAAGGGAGCUGAUUAUUUAGCCGAGCAGAUUGUAGCCGAUAAAACCGAUUUACUGAAAUUAUUCCCGGAGAAAGACUUGAAAAUGGGCGUGGAUCAUGUGGUAGAAGUACUCAAUACCUAUGGAUUAACGUAUUUAUGUCCGAGUUAUCGUUUACAAGCUCAUUUGGGAAGACUGCUAAUGGAUGGGAACACAUCGGCUGAUAUCGAUCAAUGGCUGGCAGACAAUGCGCAGAGCAUUUUUAACAACAAAACUGACUUUAUUUUUAAUCUGAUGAUAAGUUUGGUUAAGCAUAGUCAUUAUCAGUCUAUCCUGCUGGAAAAGAAGGCCGGCGAUAGUAUGGAUCAGACACGGGUUAACGAAGAAAAGCUGAAGAAAUCCAUCCUUAAUUACAAGAAACUCUUCCACAAAUACCUCGACUCACACUUGAACCAGCUGACAGCUCUGUACGCCGUACAGACAUUCUACCAUUCAAUUGGAUUUCCGAAAGGCUGGGUUUUAUGUUGGUUCUGUAUGCUGCAUGAAUUGGACAUUGUUGAGCCGGAAACAUUCAAUAUGUGGCGCGAUGAAGUGAAUAAUGCUUAUCCGGAGAAAGGAAAAGCGUUAUUCCAGGUCAGUGCAUGGUUAGAAUGGCUGAAUACUGUGGAAAGCGAUUCGGAAACGGAAGAGGAUGGCAGUGCUGAACCGGCGUCGGCCGGUAGUGCCAAUGGUUAAGUGGGUGCUCUAUAUAUGCCAAUCACGACAAAUUCACCUGAUUGAGAGCCUGGCUAACUGAACUACCGAGCACAAUAUCUAGCGGGUAUCCAAGGGACAUUCAGUCUGAUUGAUUUGUUAUCAAGGGUGGUAUUUGAUGGAUACUAUGGGAUUCGGUGUUUUAUGCUUUACCGAAAUUUUGUGACGUUUGUACGGCAUGAUUACACUUGUUCAUUGCAGUUCUUGGUUCUGGGAUUUCAUUGUUUUUUUAGCACGUUGUGUCAUUUCACGUUGCGUGGAUUAUCUAAAUUAUUUUUUGUUUGCUAAAUGAAGUGUUUACUAGUGGUACCUCAUUUUUCCCCAAGGCUAUCUGGGAAUUCUCGACUGUGAGAUCUUGUAUUUACCAGUAAAGUUUGUCUGGUUG